GUAUCUAUGCUGCCAACGAAGUCAUUGUCAACGUUGUUCGCCUCCUUCAACACUCCCGAAGUAUCGGAAGUUCGUAUUUUUAAAUGUCACAAUGAUGACGAGGAGUAUUCGAUCAUUUCUAAGUGGAAUCAAAUUGACAUUCUACGUAAAGAUAAUAUUACAUACACACGAACACAUUUAAUAAAGGUACCAUGUAGUAAUCAUGAAAAAUUGCAGGUGAAAUAUGCCUCACAAUUACACUUCUCUUCAUUUGGGAAAGGUUAUCCUUCUAGUGUACAACAGAAUAAUGGACACACUGUUUGGGAUAUACAAACACCAGAUGGUUGUCAUAGAGCUGUAUGCAUCCAACCGGUUUCUUCUUCCACCACCACGACAAGUAACGUCAAAUUCAUCAAAGUUUAUCACAGCUGAUUGUGAAGAAGCAAGUACUGUUGUACAAAUAUGGAUUAAUGGACGUCUUUCAAACAUUGUAAAACUUCCAACAACUCCUCCCAAUGCUCUUCAUGGUCGUGUAUAUCCUACAGAGGGUGGAUCAUUUCAUGGAGCUGCUUGGUCAAAGGCAAGAGAUAAAAUUGUCUAUCUUGCAGAAGACGUGGCAUCUGGUGAUUCUUCAGAGUCUUGUGGAGGUGAUUCAUCCUUUGCGUUUCAAGAGGAUUGGGGAGAAGGCAAUGAAGGCGUGCAUAAACCAAUAAUUUGUGUACUCGAUAUCACUACUAAAACUGUUACACUGGCCCCAUUGAAAGAAAAUAAUCUUAACCUGGCUUCAAAUGAACCAAUAUGGACUCCUGAUGAUGUUGGUAUUCUAUUCAUUGGUUAUCCAUUAAAAGCGUAUAAUCUUGGAAUUAAGUAUUGUGUUCAACGUGUAUGUCGUCUUUACUUUUGGAAUAUGAGUAAGUAA